AUGGUGGCACCCAUAUGUUCCAAUUCUAUGGGAACAUAUGCACAGGUGACCCAGAGCGCCUCAUUUGGAUAUACCAAUACAGACGUCAAAGGAUUCCCGGGUGAUUCUAAUGUGGAGCCCAACGGGCUGAUCCGGGGCUACAGGAUCUACUACACCAUGGAGCCCGAGCACCCCGUGGGCAACUGGCAGAAGCACAACGUGGACGGCCGCCUGCUGACCACGGUGGGCAGCCUGCUGGAGGAUGAGACCUACACCGUGCACAUGCUGGCCUUCACCUCCGUGGGCGACGGGCCCCUCUCGGACCCCAUCCAGGUCAAGACGCAGCAGGGAGUGCCAGGCCAGCCCAUGAACUUCCGGGCCGAUGCCAAGUCUGAGACGAGCAUCGGGCUCUCAUAGCCCCCACAGCAGAAGAGCAUCGUCAAGUAUGAGCUCCUGUUCCGGGAAGGCGACCACGGCAGAGAGGUCGGGAGGACCUUCGACCCCGCCACAGCGUUCGUGGUAGACAACCUCAAGCCCAACACGGAGUAUGCCUUCCGCCUGGCGGCACGCUCCCCACAGGGCCUGGGCGCCUUCACCUCGGUGGUGCGGCAGCGCACCCUGCAGUUCAAACUGUCUGCCUCCCCUCAAGAUGUUAAGUGUGUCAGCACACGCUCCACGGCCAUUUUGUUAAGUUGGCGCCCGCCACCGCUGGAAACACACAAUGGGGCCCUGCUGGAAACACACAACGGGGCCCUGGUGAGCUAUAGCGUCCGCUACCGACCGCUGGGCUCAGAGGACCCGCAACCCAAGGAGAUGAACGGCAUCCCCCCCCCGACCUCCACUCAGAUCCUGCUGGAGGCACUGGACAAGUGGACGGAGUACCGCAUCACGACUGUUGCUCAUACAGAGGUGGGACCAGGGCCCGAGAGCUCGCCCGUGGUCAGCCGUACCCGGAAGGUGGAGGCGGAGGCGCUCAACGCCACGGCCAUCCGCGUGCUGUGGCGCUCACCCUUGCCAGGCCUGCAGCAUGGCCAGAUCCACGGCUACCAAGUCCACUACGUGCGCAUGGAGGGCGCCGAGGCCCGGGGGCCACCGCGAAUCAAGGACAUCAUGCUGGCUGAUGUCUAGGAGAUGGUCAUCACAAACCUGCAGCCUGAGACCACCUACUCCAUCACUGUAGCUGCCAACACUAUGAAAGGCGAUGGCGCUCGCAGCAAACCCAAGGUGGUAGUGACCAAAGGAGCAGUGCUGGGCCGCCCCACCCUGUCGGUGUAGCAGACCCCCAAGGGCAGCCUGCUGGCACGCUGGGAGCCCCCAGCUGGCACCACUGAGGACCAGGUACUGGGCUACCGCCUGCAGUUCGGCCGAGAGGACUCGUCACCCCUGGCCACGCUGGAGUUCCUGCCCACCGAAAACCACUACACGGCGUCAGGCGUGCACAAGGGGGCUACGUAUGUCUUCCGGCUGGCAGCCCGCAGCCGAGGUGGCCUGGGCGAGGAGGCGGCGGAGGUCCUGAGCAUCCCAGAGGACACACCCCGCGGCCAUCCGCAGAUCCUCGAGGUGGCUGGCAACGCCUCUGCUGGCACCGUCCUGCUGCGCUGGCUGCGGCUGGUGCCUGCGGAGCGCAACGGGGCCAUCGUCAAGUUCAAGUACACGGUGGCGGUCCGGGAGGCCGGUGCCCUGGGCCCCGCCCGGGAGACUGAGCUGCUGGCAGCGCCCGAGCCAGGUGCUGAGAACGUGCUCACCCUGCAGGGCCUCAAGCCCGACACGGCCUAUGACCUCCAAGUGCGGGCCCACACGCCAGGCCCCGGCCCAUACAGCCCCCCUGUCCGCUACCGGACGUUCCUGCGGGACCAAGUGUCACCCAAGAACUUCAAGGUGAAGAUGAUCAUGAAGACGUCGGUCCUGCUCAGCUGGGAGUUCCCUGACAACUACAACUCUCCCACACCCUACAAGAUCCAGUACAAUGGGCUCACACUGGAAGUGGAUGGCCGCACCACCAAAAAGCUCAUCACGCACCUCAAGCCCAACACCUUCUACAACUUCGUGCUGACCAACCGCGGCAGCAGCCUGGGCGGCCUCCAGCAGACGGUCACGGCCUGGACUGCCUUCAACCUGCUCAGCGGUAAGCCCAGCGUGGCCCCCAAGACCAGUACCGACGGCUUCAUCAUGGUGUAUCUUCCCGACGGCCAGAGCCCCGUGCCCGUCCAGAACUACUUCAUUGUGAUGGUGCCGCUGCGCAAGUCUCGCGAUGGCCAGUUCCUGACCCCACUGGGCAGCCCGGAGGACAUGGACCUGGAGGAGCUCAUCCAGGUCAUCUCCCCGCUGCAGAGGCGCAGCCUGCGGCACUCACGCCAGCUCGAGGCGCCUCGGCCCUACAUCGUGGCUCGCUUCUCCGUGCUGCCCCCCACCUUCCAGCCCGGGGACCAGAAGCAGUACGGCGGCUUUGACAACAGAGGCCUGGAGCCUGGCCACAGCUACAUUCUCUUCGUGCUUGCCGUGCUGCAGAAGAGCAAGCCCACAUUCGCUGCCAGUCCCUUCUUAGACCCCUUCCAGUUGGAAAACCCGGACCCCCAGCCCAUCGUGGACAGCGAGGAGGGGCUCAUCUGGGUGAUCAGGCUUCUGGCUAUGGUCUUCAUCAUCUGCAUCGUUAUUGCCAUCCUGCUCUACAAGAACAAACCUGACAGUAAACGCAAGGACUCGGAGCCCCGCACCAAAUGCCUGCUGAACAACGCCGACCUUGCCCCCCACCAUCCCAAGGACCCCGUGGAAAUGAGGCACAUUAACUUCCAGACACCAGGCAUGCUUAGCCACCCACCGAUCCCCAUCUCAGACAUGGCGGAGCACACGGAGCGCCUCAAGGCUAAUGACAGCCUCAAGCUCUCCCAGGAGUACGAGUCCAUUGACCCAGGCCAGCAGUUCACGUGGGAGCAUUCCAACCUGGAAGUGAACAAGCCCAAGAACCGCUAGGCCAACGUCAUUGCCUAUGACCACUCCCACGUCAUCCUCCAGCCCAUCGAAGGCAUUGUGGGCAGCGAUUACAUCAAUGCCAACUAUGUGGACGGCUACCAACGGCAGAAUGCGUACAUCGCCAUGCAGGGGCUGCUGCCCGUGACCUUCGGAGACUUCUGGCGCAUGGUGUGGGAGCAGCGCUCGGCCACCAUUGUCAUGAUGACCUGGCUAGAGGAGAAAUCGCGGGUCAAAUGUGAUCAGUACUGGCCCAACAGGGGCACGGAGACCUACGGCUUCAUCCAGGUAACGCUGCUGGACACCACCGAGCUGGCCACAUUCUGCGUGCGGACCUUCUCCCUGCACAAGAACAGCUCCAGCGAGAAGCCUGAAAUCCGCCAGUUCCAGUUCACAGCGUGGCUGGACCACGGGGUGCCCGAGUACCCAACCCCAUUCCUGGCUUUCCUACAGAGAGUCAGAGUCAAGACCUGCAACGCCCCCGAUGCCGGCCCCGUUGUGGUCCACUGCAGUGUCAGGGUGGGCCGCACGGGCUGCUUCAUCGUCAUCGACGCCAUGCUGGAGCGCCUCAAGCCAGAGAAGACGGUGGACGUGUACAGCCACGUGACACUCAUGCGGUCCCAGCACAACUACAUGGUGCAGACCGAGGACCAGUACAGCUUCAUCCACGAGGCCCUGCUGGAGGCCGUGGGCUGCGGCAACACGGAGGUGCCCGCCCACAGCCUCUACACCUACAUCCAGAAGCUGGCCCAGGUGGAGCCCGGCGAGCACUUCACCGGCAUGGAGCUCGAGUUCAAGCGACUAGCCAACUCCAAAGCCCACACAUCUCGCUUCAUCAAUGCCAGUCUGCCUUGUAACAAGUUCAAGAACCGCCUGGUCAACAUCAUGCCGUACAAGAGCACGCGGGUCUGCCUGCAGCCCAUCCGGGGCAUGGAGGGCUCCGACUACAUCAAUGCCAGCUUCAUCGAUGGCUACAGGCAGCAGAGGGCCUACAUCGCCAUGCAGGGGCCGCUGGCGGAGACCACGUAGGACUUCUGGCGCAUGCUGUGGGAGAACAACUCCACCAUCAUGGUGAUGCUCACCAAGCUGCGGGAGAUGGGCCGGGAAAAAUGUCACCAGUACUGGCCGGCCGAACGCUCUGCUCGCUACCAGUACUUUGUGGUGGAUCCAGUAGCGGAGUACAACAUGCCACAGUACAUCCUGCGGGAAUUCAAGAUCACGGACGCCCGGGACAGCCAGUCGCGGACCGUCCGGCAGUUCCAGUUCACGGACUGGCCGGAGCAGGGCGUGCCCAAGUCGGGGGAGGGCUUCAUUGACUUCAUCCGCUAAGUGCACAAGACCAAGGAGCAUUUCGGCCAGGACGGCCUCUCUGUCCACUGCAGUGCCGGAGUGGGCAGGACCGGCAUCUUCAUCACGUUCAGCAUCGUGCUGGAGCGGAUGCGGUAUGAAGGCGUGGUGGACAUCUUCCAGACGGUGAAGAUGCUGCGGACCCAGAGGCUGGCCAUGAUGCAAACGGAGGACGAGUACCAGUUCUGUUACCAGGUCGCCCUGGAGUACCUGGGAAGCUUUGACCACUAUGCAACCUAAAGCCAUGGUCGCCUGGCCGAACUCCAAGGUUCCAGACACCUCUGCCCGAGCCGGGUGGGGCCCGGGAGGCCUGGACCCCCCUGGCGGCAGCGUUUCUACACGGUCUCUGGGAAAGACGCGGCCCCCAGCAACCUCCCUGGCACCGGCUGCCGCAUUCAAAUACUUACCACAUUCCUCGUUUCCUUCUGAUUCCAAAAUGAGCAAUUCCGGGGUGGGGGGUGGGGGGGUGAGCAAAUGGCGGUUCUUCCCAGAACCAGAGGAGGGCAGGGGCCAUGAACUUGACCCCUCGUCCCCCCCCCCCGCCCCCAGAUAGCCUUCCAGCCCUGCACUCUGGGGGCGCCGGGCUGGGAGGGCAGAAUUCAGCUUUCUUUUCUCCCUGAAACUGUCCAGUGACAUUUUCUUUUUUUUAAAUAGCAUAUUUUUUUUUCCAAUUUUUUUUAAAAAGAAGAAACAAACUGAAAAAAAAGUGACUUGCAGUCAAUGAAUUUAAAAAGAAAAACCUUGCUUAUUCCUGUUACA